AUGGCAAUGGAAUCGGGCUUUUUGCCCACGAUAAAAUGCUCCAACUGUGGAUGCAAUGUCGAGAUCUCCGCCAUGGGGGACCAUAUCUGCACGAGCACGAGCAUGGAACAUGCAACGACGGCAAUCCCUUCACCACCCCCCUCUGCGGGGCUCGAUGAACCAGAUCGGUUGACAACGGCCAUGGCUACCAAGUUUGGACGCGGUGCACCCCCGCGCAUCGAUCCUACUGUCGCAAACAAUGCAUUCCUUCAACCGAAUAUUCCAACGCCGGCCAGCAGCGUUGGAUCGCAUAUGCCAUCUCCUCUCUCAGUCUCGGCGCCUCGAUCCCCCAUCCAACCCUACCCACGCCAUAUAUCCCCCGAUGACGAUUCAGUCCUGAAUCUAGACAAUGUCUUCUCAUUUCCCAUGCCUGGCAAUCGAUCUCCUACUCGUGUGAGCACGCAGGCAUUUUCGUCACCAGAGCCCCCAGCACGCUCCCCAGCACGUUCGCCGGCACCCAUCCCAUCCCCACGAUAUGGUCUGGGCCUGGAUUUGGUCCCGGAGGAGAUACAAUUGCCCCCAAGUCCACUUCCUCCGGCCCAGGCCCAUCAGCGGAAUGAAUCGAUGUUCAGCCAGAGUAGUUACCGCACCUCACUGGCCAGCACACGGCAUGGUAGCUCUACGGCGAGAUCAUCAACCAAUAGCUUCUCCCGUGGCUUCAACCAGUUUAUCGAUGAGACUCCGCCGUUACCACCAGCACCGCUACGAACACCAAACAAGUCUUCUUUCUCACGAAAUUCGGAACUUUUCCUGGGUUCGUCUCAUCAGAAUGAGGGGACAGAACCAUUUGGAGGGUUUGAUUUUGGAAUUCCAACCAAUCCUAGUCCGACUGGUUUACAUGACCUCCCUGAAGAGCGUUCCCCCGAGGAACUAAAAGCCAACCCAGACCAAGACUUCCCUCUGCCAUCUCAGAACCAUCUUCAUCCUGCAGCUGCAGCCUCGGAGCCUGUUGCUGAGAUUCCACGCAAAAACUCCGAUGCCUCGACUCACAGCGCUGUCUCAGUGACAAGUUUUGCGCGCGCUUUGGGAUUAGAAGAUCAAAUGAAGAAAAAAACCGAGAGUUCAGUGUCGUCCGAAUCAUCCCCGUCAGAAGCCAACAGUGGCAGUUCAAUGUCAAGCCUCCCCUCCGAUACCAGUCUCAGCCGGUUCAAGGCCAAUGAUCCCCUAAACCUCAGUCCUCUGGUGGAGGAAUUGCCCGCACGCACACGACAAACCAUUCUGGAACUACCGGGCCGCAUUCGAAACACCAUGGAUGAAGUUCCGCCUAUCCCAGCUGCUUUCUUUAGUCCCGAUUCGCCCACCGACCCGGCCAUCAACCAGGGCAGCCUGUCAUUGAUUGUGGAAAAGCACGAGAAGCCCUCCUCCCCACAACCACCACUACCACCACCAUCAGAGUCCCCUUCGCCGCCACGACAAUUGCAGCGAGCCGCCACAGCUCCGAUUCCCCGUCCACCAACUCGUUCCACGACUCGUCCCAAGGGAAAUUGCAAAGGAUGCGGAGAGGAAAUCACCGGCAAGUCCAUCUCCUCGUCGGAUGGCCGCUUAACGGGAAAAUACCACCGGGGCUGCUUCGUCUGCUUUGAGUGUUCCUCUCCAUUCCAAACUGCCGAUUUUUAUGUGCUCAACAACAAACCCUAUUGUGCCCAACAUUAUCAUGAGCGGAAUGGCUCUUUGUGCUCCACCUGUCACCAUGGUAUCGAAGGCGAAUACCUAGAGACCGUUGAGCGUACUGGCGCCCAACCAAACCGUCGUCGAUUUCACCUCAAUUGUCUGCAAUGUCGAACUUGCCACAUCUCGCUGAAAGGCGAUUACUUUGAGUGGAAUGGCGGGGUGUACUGCGAACGAGACGCACAGCGCGCUUCAAAUGCCUAUUACCGACCACCACCAGGAGCUGGGGGACCGGGACCUCCUGGUCCACCAGGCAGACGACGACCUACAGUUGGUGCAUCGCCGCUAUCCCAAAUACAAACUCGUGGAUAUCCUCCCUCUGGAGGGUACCGUCCACCUCCUUCUCCUGCACCAUCUCAGGGAGGACUCCGUCCCGGCCCACGUUUCUCUUCGGGCGGUGCGAGACGAUUCCCUGAGCGACGAACGACAAAACUCAUGAUGAUCUGA